CUGCAGCCGUAGGUAGAAGAAACCGGAUCGCCGUCGUAUACAUCACCCCAAAAGUUGAAUAUGGAAGAAAGAGGAAAACUAGAAAUGCAACCCCAACCCCACGAAGAAGAAGAAGAAGAAGAAAUCGUUUGCUUAGAUCGAUCGUUCUUCAUCGAUGACAAUUACCAGCUGACGAAUUUCACGUUUGGGUCUCAAGAUAUUCAACUUUUCUGUCUGCAUUCUGCUUCCACUGAUUUUGAUUUGACAGGGCAGCUGGUAUGGCCCGGAGCCAUGUUGCUGAAUGAUUAUCUUUCAAAAAAUGUUGAGAUGCUUCAGGGUUGCACUGUCAUUGAAUUAGGUUCUGGUGUUGGUAUUACUGGAAUUCUUUGCAGCAGAUUCUGCCAUAAAGUUGUGUUGACAGAUCAUAAUGAAGAAGUGAUCAAGAUCUUAAAGAAAAAUAUAGAGCUGCAUUCAUGUCCAGAAAAUAUUAAUCCUACUUCUUACAGAUUAGUAGCAGAGAAACUAGAAUGGGGGAACACUGGUCAGAUCAAUGAAAUUUUACAAAAGCAUCCUGGAGGAUUCGAUUUCAUUCUCGGAGCUGAUAUAUGCUUUCAGCAGUCAAGCAUCCCUAUGCUUUUUGAUAGUGUUAAACAGCUCCUGCGGGUUAGAGAGGGCAGAAAAUGCAAAUUCAUACUAGCCUAUGUAUCACGAGCUAAGAUCAUGGAUUCAAUGAUUAUUGUUGAAGCUUCUAAGCUUCGGAUGCAGAUGAAAGAAGUGCCUGGAACUCGGUGUGUUGUUAGGAAUCUUCAAGGAGUCAUCUUUGAAAUUACUCUUGAGUAGAAGCAUUAUAUAUCAGACAUGCCAUUUUCAGAAACCAAUUGAAAGCUACUCAACCGUCUCUGCAGACAACAUGGUGUUGAUGACUCAGGAAACCCAUUGAUUUGAUGCGGGGAAGAUAAAGAACAUGCAAGAAAGAACCUAUCUUGUUUGGUCUAUCUUGCAGAUCUUUAUCUAUUUGUAUACAUAACCCUCCACGGAAGAUUUUCAAGACAGUUUGAUUGGAUUAACUAAAGUCUAUAUUCAAAAAUGGAGUUUAUUUGGAACGUCAAAGAUCAGGUGGAGGAAUAGGGAUUCAUUUUGUCUAUAGAAUAUGACAAGACAUUUUAUAUCUUAUGAAAUAUCUUUCAAGGAUAAUUAAGCCAAUUCCUAAUACACGUGCACACGUAUACGCACACAAUAAUUUUAAAUCAUGGAUUUGUUAUUAAGGUUAAGAUUUUUGUUGUAUGGAUAAUUGACAUCUUAU